GAUACCCUAUUUAUGACCAAAACGGCUCAAAAACCAUACCCUUUGGGGCCGCACAUACCUACAUAGCCCAUGUAAGGUAGUAUCCCCACCCCCCCGGGCUGUGGAUGAGGGAAAGGAAUGUAGUCUCUCUUAGGAUUUGAAUGCAGAAAGGACAAGCCUUCAACAUUGCAACUAACUCAACCUAAAUUCGAUUGUAGCACUCUUAGCGUCAGGUUAUCAGUAACUCGAAUUCAAAAACGUUUAGCUUCGUACUCGUGCAAAUCUUACCCGCGCUCAAGAACCGUCUGGGAUUCAACCAAAGGAAGCGACCUGAAAAUCUCAUACUGAUUACGUAAUCUUUGGCCCAGAUUUCCCCACAGAGUGAGAUCUGGGUAUGAGGUAUGAGAUUUCUGAUUACCUACAGCUCAACUCCACAGCUCUUCAUCUGAGUAGUUUCUUUUAUUUCCAGUUCCCAGUUCUGAAUUUUCGAACAAAGGAAUUGGGGAUUUCAUUUUUGGGCAGUAUUUUUGGGCAAUAUUUUUUCCCUCCUAAGAGAUCUUUAUAAUCAAGACAUUUUAAAGUUACGUGUAAAAAGUCAUAGUUACGUAAAUAGAUUUUGUAAAUAGCUCAUCCUGUUCCACGUGUUUCCUUAGUUGGGGCACAGCACGAAAAACAGCGGACGAAAAAAGAAAUCCGUUUGGUGAGAGAGAGCUCCCCUGCCUCCAAACCCAUCGCCUUUCCUCCACUUUGCGCUUUUUCCCCGUUUUUUUUUUUCUUUUUUUUUGCGCUGCUCAAACUGAACGAACACUACAGCAGGUAUAGGUUAUUGAUAGUUUGUAAAAGACAGAAAAUACUGGAUGUAAAAUUAUAUUUCCUGCAGUUCUUUUAACAAAAGAACAAAAUACCUAGACUACACGCAGAUUUUAGAUAUUUUAGAUAAUCAAAACAAAGUAACUAACCAGACAGGCGGAUAAUACAACAAAGCCUGGGAGACACUUGAUUUUGUUACAUAGCUGCUAACAGUUUUCGUUACAUUGCUAUCAGGUCUCGAGAAAGGCCGAUCAAUCAGAAACGAAAAUGUUUCAGUAGUUGUGUUCGUUUACGGGAAAGGAGUUGGGUCGGAGAAGCAGCAACUCCGCGAUAAGGAUUGGAAACCACUGACCCACUCCAAGAAAAUUAAAGAGCGUUUUCACAUGACAUCACGGCAGCCAUAUUGGUACACGGCGGCCAUACUGGCAUCCUGUGGGAGCUGAACUCUUUUCUUAUGUAAACACUUCCUUUUGUUUCAAUAGAUUUGCAUGGAUACUGGCCACGUGAGGGAAAACGAUCUAUUUCCGAGAAUCAACUUCCGGAAUUCUUGGAACUGUCCUUUUGCCUUUGAUUUAUUUAAGAACAUUUGACUAACAUCUGAAACGAAUCUCAUAACUAUGAAAUGCGCUUGUAGAACUUGCAUGCAAUAAGCCGGCAGCCAAUCAUAGAAACAACUUCAUCUGUGAAGAACUACCCUAUCAGAAAAUGAUUUCCAUAGAGUAGAACGUGUAGCCGACGGGAGGAAUAGAGAGAUGUAAUACUCAGACUGCUUGCUGGUGACGAAAUUUCGGUACUCACGUUGCGCCCGAAACAGAAGUCAACAGGCCGUACUUUAUUAUUGAAAACCAGCUUCCUAGCUGGAAGUUAACAGGAACAGUUUUGGCUUUUUAAUGUUUUGUUGUGAAUGAAAUCAAAUACGGUAAUAGGACUUCGAGAAAAAUGGCGUCAGUAAUGUCCCUUUACUGUGCUUUGACAUGAUGAUCCAUGUUAUGCUCAGACUACCAGAUUGUUUUCUAUGAAGCAGAAAAACAAACAAUUCUUUUUGGUAAUCACUGCCCCAGGGAGGGGACUCUCACCAAAAAAGAACGGGGCCGCUCGUCGUACCUUUUAGGGGUUAAAAAAAGCGGUUUUGGUAUUUCUUCGGGUGUUCAGCCUCAAAAGGUCCACAGCGGAGCUUUUGCGACUGGAGAUAUUUGAAAUUCAACUAACUUUUAAUUUUGUCAAAAAAUUUGUACGUCUUAGGGGUGAAAAAAAUCUCCAGCCACAACUUCAAAAGAGGAUCUUGGUGCCUCUUAGGGGUUCUUUUCACAAUUUCCGACGAGCACCCCCGUCCUCUUUAAAUUGGAGUGUCUCCCCGGAUCACUGCUCGCGUGAUAAACAUAUCAGAAUUCCUGUUUCUUUUUUCUUUUCAGUGUACGUGAUCCAUGAAUACACAUACCCGACCUGGGUCAAAGUUGCACUGGCUUGAUGCCAACAACCUGACUCACUAAUUAGUCUAAUGUUUAUUCACCAGAGCUGGUGAUUAUAACUUUCUGAUACGAUUGGUUUGGAGGAAAUAGACUCAUGAAAUAAAAUCCCUUGAUUGAUUGGUAUGAGUGGAAAUUAAAUAUGUCUUUGGGCUCUUUACUUUUUUGAUAUCAAGAAUGGCUCCGUUGUGCAAACAAGAACUUUCCUGGAACCCUAUUGACGUGGCGCGUCCAAGCAAAAACUGUAAAUCGAAACUUCAGCCAACGCCCUGAGUCAGUCAGUUGCAGAGUGCUGUGGUUGCGUCUGUUAGCGCAAUGGCUUCUUCUAUGAUCACUUGGUUUGUUUUUGUGAUCUUCACAAGUCAGACAACAGCGUCGCAUUUUCGCGGUGGAAUUAUAACUUGGAAGCCUGACGAAUAUAUUGGGAACAAGGUAAAUUUCAACUUCCGAUUGGGUUUUCGAAGAUCGUUCUCAAACAGCUACUUCUGCGACAGUGCAAUGGUCGCGCAGCAGAGCAUUGUUGGAAGUGGAGGCACCUGGUCUGCAAGCUAUGACAGGGGUUAUUAUGGGUCUAGGACUGUAGCAGAUACUGGAUACCACUGCACGGACUUCAGUGUCAGCGAGGACUGGACACAAGGUGAAAACACUUUUAACUACACUUUCCCGGAUGAUGGUCCUUGGCUGGUGAGUUACUCGAGCUGCUGUUGGAUCUCAUUAGCAAAUGGAGGUGGAAACUGGUUUCUGUCGACCACUGUCAAUCUAACCAGACGACAAGAUAACGGAAUAAUUAACUCGUCUCCAAUCUCUGCACUCUCGCCCAUUGUCCGACACCAGCGAGGCUGCUCGAAAACAAUAGCUAUUCCCGCGGAGGACUCGGACGGCGACAAAGUGCGCUGCAGAUGGUCAAAUGGUUCUCAAAGAGAAUGCGGUGGUGUUUGCCGGGGAUUCAGUUCCAGUGGCACUCUGGACGAAGAAAGAUGUACCCUUAGACUCCACAGCAAUGCAGCCCUCGGUUGGCACGCAGUAGCUAUCACCUUAGAGGACUUUCCAGCUUCCACAACAAAUUUUCAAACGGCCACUCCAUUCAGUCAUGUGAGCCUACAGUUCUUGGUACAUGUGGCUUCUUCUUCAGGACCCUGUAACAGGGCCCCAUUGCUGAUUGGACAGAGCCCGAAUGAUGGAUCUUGUGAGGAGGUGCCGGACGGUGGUAUCUUUUAUAGCAUCAUUGAAGCCAAACAUAUCGAUUCUUCAAGAAGGAUUGCUGAGAUUAUUACAGUCACACCACUAUACAUGAACCUUACCAGCCUCUUGAACUACACUGAUAACGUCGGGGAUACUGUCUACUACAAGAACGUAUCGUGGAGUCCAAGGUCAUCUCAGAAGGGACGCCAUAUUUUCUGCUUCAAAGCAAUAGACGAUUAUGGAAUGGAAAGCAACCAGAGAUGCAUUACCAUUCUUGUUGGAUCAAACAAUACUCCAAGACCGAUUUUAUCAACCCGUACUCCUCUGAUACCCACGUUGUCCUGGCCGUGGGGAUCUGGAUUCGUUGAUUUUAACAUUACGUUUGACCAACAGAUCAAGAGACCACGUCAUUCGAAAUUUAUACGAAUCAUCUUGGAAGGUCACGUGAUAUACAGACUUGGCACGCGUUCUUCCAGUGACGUCACCAUAGAUCAAAACGGCUUCACACUUCACUUCCGCCUGCCCCAGGUUGUAAUGAGCAUGCGCGGAAAUUACUCUGUCACUAUGGAUCGUGGUGCAGUUGUGGGCCUUGGAUGUACCUCAGAUGGUCCCCCUACACCUGGAAUCAGCUCCACCAAAAGCUGGACCUUCAGUGUUGGAGUUUGUUCCAAAGGGUCGUUUCUUGCUAACAGUUACGCUUGCCAAGAUGUGGAUGAAUGCUCGAACCCGCCGUCCAUCUUAAGCCGUAGAAAACGAAACAUCUGGUACUGGCCUUACAGUUCUGCCACUGCCACUUUGCUUCCAGCCAUCUAUUCAAGUCCGCUUUCCACAGAAAUAACACCUACCGCAAGUUUUGCACAAGGUUCGUCUGCAUCAAUAACUUCAACAGUGUCGGUCUCUGAUGGCUUCACUCCACUGCCACCUUUAUCACUUGCUAUCCAAAGCACAGCAACAAUAUAUUCCCCUCCUAACUUGUUAACUUCUUCACCCACAGAAAACCUCUCUCGGAAGUCAUCUAUUACAACUCCUCCGAUCCAAGCAUUCUCGUCAGCAAAGUAUUCCUCUCCUUACUUAUUGAAACCUUACCCUACGAGCUCGGUGGCCAUCCAGGCAUCAACUGCUAUGGUAAUUCCUACCGCUUCUCGGGUGCCAUUUGUGUUGCACCUUCCUGCUAACUGUCAGCACAACUGUGUUAACACAUGGGGCAGUUAUUACUGCACUUGUCGACAGGGUUAUAAGUUACAGGCGGACGGGACGACGUGUGUGGAUAUCAACGAAUGCGAAACCCAAAAUGGCGGUUGCACCCACCAAUGUAUCAACAUUCCUGGGUCUCACUAUUGCAAAUGUCGCGAAGGUACAACGAUGAGUAUUGACAACAAAACCUGCCAUGAACCUGGAAUCAAUGUUAAGUGUAUGGAUGAAGCCAUGUCCAUCUUCCUGGAGAGGAAAUCUUUCAAAGGAUUUGAUCCCAAUAAACUGACCCUCCGUUACCCGUCGUGCAGAGCAUCUUACAAUGAUACCCACAUUACCUUACGGACGAGCCUGAACGACUGUGGAACCACGCAUAACGAAAGCGAGGACGCAAUCACGUUCCACAACGAAGUGCGAAGCGUCCAGUUUUCUCCUGGGAACAUCAUUACCCGGGAGCAAAACGUGUCAAUUCCGUUCUAUUGCAGUUUUGGACGAAAGGCAAUGGUACGAAAUCCAAGCUUCAAAACAUGGAAGAAUUUUGUUUCUUCUUCUGAAGGUAACUUAAACAAUAAAAUGUUUUCUCUUUCUUCCUAAUGCUCCGGCAGUUGGAAGUAGUAUUGAAGCUCUCCAGAGGCGAACCAAACAAACCUCCCCUGCGGAACAUUGCAAAGAUUGGUUAUUUAAAAUUGCCCAAUGAUGGAAUUGCCAUCAUUCAAUAAUUUCACGUGGAGCUUCGUUUUGAUUCUCCUUGACCGCGGUGCACAUGAUGAAACUUAGCUUUUUCGGAUUCGCCGUAAAAGUGGCAGCAUUUGAUUUCAGAAUCAUGCUUUAUGUUUUAACAGUAAAACCCCGGGGGGGUACUUUGGGAAUUUCUGGGUGGGGAU